GAACGUGUACAGGUGUUCCUAUUAAAGUGGCCGGUGGGUGUAUAUUAAAAAAAAAAACAAACCCAAAACAUCGAAGACACACAUUUAUACAAAACAAUAUCUCUCAUUUUAAACCAGAUUUCAUUAAGAACCCGCUGUAUUAUCUGGUGUAUCUGCAGUAGCCCAAGAUAUCCGGUGAACCGACUCCCCCCCAAAGCUCGUGCGCUCCGAGUCAUUCAGUUUCGUUUGGAGACUGUGAUGUCCGACACACCGUCCAUCAUGUCUGCUCCAGAUUCUCAAUCAUCCUCACCGUCCAUUCAGAUAUGCAGAAUUAUGCGACCAGAUGAUGCCAACAUCGUGGGUAACGUCCAUGGUGGGACGAUCCUGAAGAUGAUUGAGGAAGCUGGGUGCAUAAUAGGAACUCGCCACUGUAAUACUCAAACUGGGGACCGCUGCGCUGCUGCCCUGGCACGAGUGGAGCGCACCGAUUUCCUGUACCCCAUGUUCAUUGGCGAGGUGGCCCAUGUGAGCGCGGAAAUCACCUACACCUCCAAACACUCUGUGGAGGUGCAGGUCAACGUGGUGUCUGAAAACAUACUAACAGGUGCCAAGAAGUUAACCAACAAGGCAACACUGUGGUAUGUCCCCGUAUCGCUUCAAAAUGUGGACAAAAUCAUUGAAGUCCCCCCCAUUGAGUACUCCAGUCCUGACCAGGAGGAGCUGGGUAAGAAGAGGUAUGAAGCUCAGAAGCUUGAACGAAUUGAAACAAAAGAAAGGAAUGGCGAGAUCAUUACACCGGUUUCUCUUCCUGAAAGGCAGACAAAAGAACCAUAUACCAUCGGAUUCAGCCAGUCGAGUCUCAUCCACCUGAUUGGUCCUUCAGAUUGCACUCUGCAUGGCUUUGUACAGGGCGGUGUCACCAUGAAGCUAAUGGACGAGGUGGCAGGAAUCGUGGCCGCUCGUCACUGCAAGACCAACAUUGUGACCGCAUCCGUGGACGCCAUCAAUUUUCACCGCAAGAUUAAGAAAGGUUGUGUGAUCACAGUAUCCGGGAGAAUGACUUUUACUAGUAACAAGUCAAUGGAGAUCGAGGUGUUUGUGGAUGCUGAUCAGUUGGCGGACACGGAGGAGGGGAAAUAUCGGGCUGUCACUGCCUUCUUCACCUACAUUUCUCUGGACAAACAAAACAAGCCGCUGCCUGUGCCUCCCCUGAAGUUGGAAGGUGAAGCGGAGCAGAAGCGUUUUGAAGAAGGAAAACUUCGGUAUCUUCAAAACAAGGCGAAGAGAGUGGCGGAGAAGGAACAGAAACAAUGAUGCCCCUCAGUACCUGAGCAUAAUAUGAUAGUGUAGCAGAAUAUUCCAGUAGAACAUUGUCCAAAGUCUCAGUUAAAAAAUACAAGCCUCUCUUAUCUUAUGUAGCUGAGUGGAUGAAAAGGGGGGAAAAUAUUUUACGUACGUCGUACUUUCCACUAAUGCUUUCCAUUUGUUGUUUCGCUGCUGCAUACCAAAGCACCUUGUGUAUGUAGAUAUUCGUUGGAACAGAGUAUUAUAUUAUAUAAAUCUUAUGUCUGAAGAGAUCUAUUUAUGAAGUGCUUCGAUCAUUCUGUGUAAUAAUAAAAAGGAUGCACUAAUAACAACUUGCGCAUGUCUAUCUGUAAUACAAUUUGUAGUGAUGGUAAUGGCCAGCCAACAAUUUAUACAACUCCAAUAAAUAAGGGAUAAAACAUAACAAGGUGCUCUGUUACAGGAAAAUAAUCAACGACUGGG